AUGGACGGAGAGACGGACCGAUGGUCGGAGAGACGGAGCGAUGGGCGGAGAGACGGAGCGACGGGCGGAGAGACGGAGCGACGGGCGGAGAGACGGAGCGACGGGCGGAGAGACGGAGCGACGGGCGGAGAGACGGAGCGACGGGCGGAGAGACAGAGCGACGGGCGGAGAGACAGAGCGACGGGCGGAGAGACAGAGCGACGGACGGACGGACAGAGCGACGGACGGAGGGACAGACCGACGGGCGGAGGGACAGACCGACGGGCGGAGGGACAGACCGACGGGCGGAGGGACAGACCGACGGGCGGAGGGACAGACCGACGGGCGGAGAGACAGAGCGACGGGCGGAGAGACAGAGCGACGGGCGGAGAGACAGAGCGACGGGCGGAGAGACAGAGCGAUGGGCGGACAGACCGAUGGACGGACGGACAGACCGAAUGGCGGAGAGACAGACCGAUGGGCGGAGAGACAGACCGAUGGGCGGAGAGACAGACCGAUGGGCGGAGAGACAGACCGAUGGGCGGAGAGACAGACCGAUGGGCGGAGAGACAGACCGAUGGGCAGACGGACAGAACGAUGGACGACCGGACCGAUGGGCGGAGAGACAGACCGAUGGGCGGAGAGACAGACCGAUGGGCGGAGAGACAGACCGAUGGGCGGAGAGACAGACCGAUGGGCGGAGAGACAGACCGAUGGGCGGAGAGACCGAUGGACGGACAGAACGAUGGACCGACGGACGGACAGAACGAUGGACCGACGGACGGACGGACAGACCGACGGGCGGAGAGACAGACCGAUGGGCGGACAGUCCGAUGGACAAACGGACCGACGGACGGACGGACAGAACGAUGGACCGACGGACGGACGAACAGACCGAUGGGCGGAGAGACAGACCGAUGGACGGAGAGACAGACCGAUGGGCGGACAGUCCGAUGGACAAACGGACCGACGGACAGAACGAUGGACCGGCGGACGGAUGGACAGACCGAUGGGCGGAGAGACAGACCGAUGGACGGAGAGAUAGACCGAUGGGCGGACGGACAGAACGAUGGACGAACGGACUUAUGGGCGGAGAGACAGACCGAUGUACGGACGGACAGACCGAUGGGCGGAGAGACAGACCGAUGGACGGACAGAACGAAGGGCGGACAGAACGAAGGGCGGACAGACAGUCACUCGUACCUAUAG